GCUCCUUCGACAGACACUUCACCAUUCUCUGCACACCAUGUCCUUUGCGCGGCCCUACAGCUACAUCAGCGACUCGAGCCUGGCAGAGCUGUGGCGCAGCAGGCCAAAGGACGUCAAGGUCGUCGAUGUGCGCGACGACGACUUUGAGGGCGGCAAUCUCGUCGGCGCGCUUCAUGUGCCCAGCACGCGCUUCAACGACGAGGUCCAGGGUCUGGUCACGGGUCCCCUGAGAGACGCUCGUCAAGUCAUCUUCCACUGCUCCCUAUCUCAGUCCAGAGGGCCCAAGGCGGCGCGCAUCUAUCGCGAGACGCGCGACGAGGCCAUUGCCACGGGCAAGAUCAAGCCACUGGGCAGCGGGCAGCAGGACGAGCAGCAGGUCCAGGUGCUCCGCGAUGGCUUUGCCGGCUUCGGUCCCAAAUACAAGAACGAUGCUUCGCUGGUAGAGAAAUGGGACGAAGAGUCGUGGAAAUAUCGCUAGACAAAUGGAGAAAAAGAAUACUAUUUACUGCACUUCUUCUU